AUGGAUUCGAAGUGGAAACUUCCUUUUAUGUCAAAUAAAUCACCGAUAGAGCCUCCAAGUAGAAAACCGUUAAGUGGCAGUUAUUCACGACAGAGUACUCACUCAUCAUCAUCUAACCCUUUUGAACAAAAGUUACCAAUGCCGUCAAAUGUAGAUGUACGCCGUCCUUCAGGACCUUUUCGAAUUGUGAAAGCUACUUCUACAGAAGAUGCGUUAACGAAUUGUAUUGUUGUCUCUCCAAUGGAUUUCCGUGAGCAGUACAUUAUCGUUGACAAUUUGAGAGUUUUCAGCACAAAGCCCGUCCCCGGAUUUCCACAGGGAUGCUUGGGUGCUUCGCAACCUCAUCGAGAAUGGGCCUCUUGGUCUCUUAACCAGCAAGUGAACGUCGCAAGUUAUGACCCUUAUGGACCCAAUGGAGCACCUUACUUGAGUGCUGCAGAAUUAGAAGUUGAAUUUCAAAAUCGUAAUCGCACAACCAACGAAGCUUUAGACGGAGAAGAAAUGUCCCAACUGUUUGCCAAUAGCUAUCAAAAUCAGGUGUUCGCUCCUGGGCAAAAAAUAGUUUUUGAUUUUAAGUCUUUUAACAUAAAGGCUACUGUUCGCUCAAUUUCAUGUGUUGAUCUCCUACUCUCGGAUUCUCCAGACCAAGGAAUUAACAAGAAAACGGAUCCCGAUACUCGGGGAAUUUUAACCUCUCAAUCAGAAAUCCAUUUUUCCAAAAGUGCCAAUAGUACACUACGCCUAAAGGCUAGUAUGAAGCGUCCAGCUACAAACGCUAUUUUACAACCUGGAUUUAAGUUUGAAGACAUGGGAAUUGGUGGUCUUGAUACUGAAUUCAGUGCCAUUUUCCGUCGUGCAUUCGCUUUGCGUCUUUUUCCUCCAGGUAUGAUUGAGAAAUUAGGUAUCAGCCACGUAAAGGGUAUUCUGCUUUACGGUCCUCCUGGAACAGGUAAAACUUUGGUUGCUCGUCAAAUCGGUAAAAUGCUUAAUGCUCGUGAACCCAAAAUUGUAAAUGGUCCCGAAAUUUUGAAUAAAUUUGUCGGUCAAAGUGAGGAGAAUGUUCGUAAACUUUUUGCCGAUGCCGAACGUGAAUAUCGUGAGCGUGGAGAGGAGUCGGGACUUCAUAUUAUUAUCUUUGAUGAAUUGGAUGCCAUCUGCAAGAAAAGAGGAAGUUCUGGAGGUGACACUGGAGUUGGUGAUCAGGUAGUUAACCAGUUACUUGCGAAAAUGGAUGGUGUUGACCAAUUGAACAAUAUCCUCGUGAUUGGUAUGACCAAUCGUAAAGACAUGAUUGAUGAAGCACUCAUUCGUCCAGGUCGUUUGGAAGUUCACGUUGAAAUUUCACUUCCUGAUGAACAUGGACGUUUGCAAAUAUUGAAAAUCCAUACAGGACGCAUGGCUUCCAACGGAAUUUUGGAGGGUGAUGUGGAUUUAAUGGAAUUGGCAAGUCUCACUAAAAACUUUUCUGGUGCUGAAAUUGCUGGUUUAAUUAAAAGUGCUUCAAGUUUUGCCUUCUAUCGUCACAUUAAAGUAGGCACUACCGCAGCUGUUUCUGGAGAUUUGGAAAACAUUAAAGUUAAUCGCAAUGAUUUUUUGAAUGCCCUUAAUGAAGUUCAUCCUGCGUUUGGUGUUAGUGAAGAAGAACUUGAAAGCCGUGUACAAGGCGGUCUUAUCAACUAUGCAAAGCAUAUUGAGGAGAUUUUUACGGAAGGCAAAUUGUUCGUUCAGCAGGUAAAAAAUUCCGAACGCACCCGUUUAAUGAGUGUUCUAUUGUCUGGGCCUAUAGCUUCUGGCAAAACCGCCUUGGCGGCUACUAUCGCUUUGGGGUCCGACUUUCCAUUUAUUAAAUUGGUAACUGCUGAAGGUAUGGUGGGUAUGAGUGAAAAUGCAAGAGUAUCUUAUGUGAAUGGUGUGUUUGAGGAUAGCUAUAGGAGUCCUCUUAGUGUUAUUGUUGUAGAUGAAAUUGAACGUCUUAUUGAUUGGGUUCCCAUUGGUCCCCGGUUCUCAAACACAUUACUUCAAACUUUGAUGGUUCUUUUCAAAAAACAACCUCCUAAGGGUCACCGUCUGCUUAUCCUUGCUACUAGUUCCGAGAGAACAAUGCUCUCUCGAAUUGACAUGACAAAAUCAUUUGAUGCCGAAUUGGCUGUACCCAAUGUCAGAAACCUUGAAGAACUAGAUCGUGUCUUACAAUCUAUAGAUUAUUUCGCGGACGCGAAUGUUCGGGCAGAUAUCCUACAGAGACUUCGGGGCUACACAGAUACAGAAAAGGUUGACGUUGGAAUUGCAAGGAUUCUCCUAAUUGCUGAAACAGCUAAACAAGACACGGAUACUGUCUCUUGCUUUGUGGAGACUUUGGCAAGGGCCAUACCUAUGGAGUAA